CAGCCGCUCGGCCUGCCGCGAUGCAUUCUGGGAAAGCAGCAGCACCAGAUCCAAGAUGGCGGCCAGCAGGAGGCUGAUGAAGGAGCUUGAAGAAAUCCGCAAAUGUGGAAUGAAAAACUUCCGUAACAUCCAGGUUGAUGAAGCUAAUUUAUUGACUUGGCAAGGGCUUAUUGUUCCUGACAACCCUCCAUAUGAUAAGGGGGCCUUCAGAAUCGAAAUCAACUUUCCAGCAGAGUACCCAUUCAAACCACCGAAGAUCACAUUUAAAACAAAGAUAUAUCAUCCGAACAUCGAUGAAAAGGGGCAGGUCUGUCUGCCAGUAAUUAGUGCUGAAAACUGGAAGCCAGCAACCAAAACCGACCAAGUAAUCCAGUCCCUCAUAGCACUGGUGAACGACCCCCAGCCCGAGCACCCCCUUCGGGCUGACCUAGCUGAAGAAUACUCUAAGGACCGUAAAAAAUUCUGUAAGAACGCUGAAGAAUUUACAAAGAAAUAUGGGGAAAAGCGACCUGUGGACUAAAAUCUGCCGCGAUUGAUUCCAACAAGUGUGAGCAGAGACCCAAGCAGUGCAUUCAGACACCCCGCAAAGCAGGACUCUGUGGAAAAUUGACACGUGCCACCGCCUGGCGUUCGCUUGUGGCAGUUACUAACUUUCUACAGUUUUCUUAAUCAAAAGUGGUUUAGGUAACCUGUAAAGAAAGGAUUAAAAAUUUAAGAUGUUCUAGUUCUGCUUUCUUUGUUUUAAAAAUCACUGCUUCAAUCUACUUCAAAAGAAUGGUGUUUCUUUUCUUGUCCAAAUUUAUCCAAAAUCUUCGAGUUACAUUUAGCCCAUAAGGUUUAAAAAAAAAACAAAAAGGAAGAAAAAAAAGGUUGUGGUCUCCCUUCCUCCCCUGCCCCCGCAGCCCCACUUUCUCACAUUCAGUUCAUUUCUCACUUGCUCACCUCCCAGAUCCCGUCUGCUCCGCAGAGGAGAAGAGAUGACUCUGGCAUCUCUAGUAGCUUUUUCUCUCCUGCAUUGCACUGCCCGGUGUGGGAGUUAGUUCAGAUUCUCUUGGCUCUAGUUUAUAACAUCCUUUUUGAAAAUUAAAAAAUAAGCAAACAACAACCACACACCCACCCCUACCCCACCCCCCCAAAAAAGCCGUGAAAAGGGAGGCCCAGCUCUUAUGUGAAAAAUCUGGCUAAUGUCACCACAAUAACGUUGAUUUCAUGGAUAAACCCCAUGUCUGUGUGUGUGAUUGAACUGCGGCCUGGCUGGGCCUGCAUAGGGAAACCCUGCAAUAACAAGUCCAGUAAUCCUGAAGGGAGGGCCUGCCAGCCAGAGGACACGGUGCACCUGUGUGAUGAAUUUCUUGCCAGAAAGGCUCCUGAGGCCAAAGGUUGGCACUCAUCAUGGAAGAUCUGCUGGUCAUUGCAGGCAAAGCUAAAGCCAGGAUAUUCAUUUGAAAUUCCAAGCUCAUCCGUCACCAAGCUCCAUCUGAAUGUGCCAUGGAGUUCGCUCUCCAACUCCUCAGUGCAGCAGCCCCACCACAGCCCUCCCUUGGCACUGUUUGACCCUUUGCGGGAUUGGAAUUGGCAGAACUUGACUAUUGAACCGGCACUGGUUGGGGUCGCCAGGGCCCCUGCUGGCCCCUUCCUUCGGAGCAGCCGGCCAGCCCAUCCGGGAACAAGAUGGCCUUCCCUCUCCCUUUGGACUCACAGCCUUUGCAGAGUCAAGCUCCACUUGAAGCUCACUCAGUAAUAUCCUUUAAAUGUGUUUUAUAUUGUUUUGACUGCCUUUUUUGUAGAAAUAAAAAUUGACCUUAGAAUUUA